UUUCAUUAUGGGGGUAUGGUGUUCCGCCAAGCAUAUCAGGAACUGACCAAAAAACAAAGUUUGGCCAUGGUUGUGAGCGCCAUGUAACGACUCUUCUUCUCCUUUAAGCACCGGAAAUGAGACCAUGACGUCAGCGGUAAAACCUGCUCCGACUGGGUGACUGGCUGGCUGGCCCUCGGAAAAGUGAAGUCUUCGCCGUCACUGCUACCCAACUUUCCCCUGUGCUUUGUCCGUCUUUUUUGUUCGACGUUACGACGCGCCUCUACAAACAGAAUGCUAUCGAACGCUCAGAACCAGCCGCUCUUUCCCAACCCGACCGGACAACAGAAUCCCGCCGGGCAGCAGAACCCUACGGGUCAAUUUCUUCCCUUCCUAAGCAGACCCACCUUACAGAUCAAAAAGAACGCCAUUAUAGACGACUACAAGGUGACCAGUCAGGUGCUGGGGCUAGGUAUCAAUGGCAAGGUGCUUGAAAUUUUCCAGAGGAAGACCGGGGACAAGUACGCUUUAAAGAUGCUACAGGAUUGUUCCAAAGCACGUAGAGAAGUGGAGCUCCACUGGAGGGCGUCCCCUUGUUCCAAUAUUGUACGAAUUAUUGAUGUUUAUGAGAACCUCUAUCAAGGCAGAAAAUGUCUGCUUAUUGUCAUGGAAUGCAUGGAUGGUGGUGAGCUUUUUAGUCGAAUCCAGGACAGGGGCGACCAGGCCUUCACAGAGAGAGAGGCAUCUGACAUUAUGAAAAGCAUAGGCGAGGCAAUCCAGUACCUGCAUGCUGUCAACAUUGCACAUAGAGAUGUUAAGCCAGAGAAUUUACUGUACUCUACAAAGAGGCCAAGCGCUUUGCUCAAACUCACAGACUUUGGCUUUGCAAAGGAGACCACUUCACACAACUCUCUUGCGACUCCCUGCUACACACCCUACUAUGUUGCUCCAGAGGUUCUGGGCCCAGAAAAAUAUGACAAAUCAUGUGACAUGUGGUCGUUGGGUGUCAUCAUGUAUAUCCUGUUGUGCGGAUACCCCCCUUUUUAUUCUGACCACGGUCUAGCCAUUUCUCCUGGGAUGAAGAAGAGGAUCAGGAUGGGCCAAUAUGUGUUUCCCAAUCCCGAGUGGUCUGAUGUAUCAGAAGAAGCGAAACAGCUGAUUAAAACCCUCCUUAAGACAGAGCCCACCCAAAGGUUGACCAUCACAGAGUUUAUGAAUCAUCCCUGGAUUAAUCAAUCGAUGGAGGUUCCUCAGACGCCACUCCACACUAGCCGGGUGCUCAAGGAAGAGAAGGAUGCAUGGGAGGAUGUCAAGGAGGAAAUGACGAGUGCCUUGGCAACCAUGAGGGUUGACUAUGAGCAAAUUAAGAUAAAGACCAUUGAGGACUCGACCAAUCCACUGCUAACAAAGAGGAGGAAGAAAGCCAGUAACGCCAUGGCAAACGCGCAGUCUGCUGCCCGCUGAACGAUGCAGGCACACACAAACAGAUUGUAAAAAGGAAGCAAUAAUUUGUCGACAUGUGAGUUGCACUGCAUGGAUUUUUUUGUUUUCUUCAAGUCUAAUGUUUUGUAGAAGUGCUUUUUUUUUUUUUUUUAUUACUCAAGCAUUUAAACAACUCUUCCCCAUUGACAGAGAGGUUCAUGAUCUGUGUUUUUACGUGAGGGAAGAGAUGAUGAAUUAUAAAAGGCAAGGAGAAGCACUCUGAGAUCCCUCAUCUCCCUCAACCAUCAGGUUUUGUUGAUAGCAUGAGUACAUGAAGCCUCAGUGUUAGCCCCAAACUAGUAAAUGUCAAAUUAAAAAAAGGCCCAAUUCUUCUCUCUUUUUUGCAUGUAAAAGAUUUUCUUUUACAUGCAUGCAAUGUAAACAAAUGUGUUUGGAACUCACAAGUGGAAUGUAAAGACAUGGACGUGAGAGUCUGUCAAGUUCUGUUUGUCCUAGUGGCCUAUGCACUCACCAAGGCCAUUUGGUGUGCUAUUCUCACCUGUGUCCCCUCCCUCACCUGCCUUAAAUAAAACACUUGUUUCAGGUCCAGUCUCGAGGCAAAGAAGGUAGCACCACCGGGCCCAUUUGACCUGCACGUAGCUUAAAAGAGAUCCAACUCUAUUUUUUCACAGAUUUUUAUAGCAUUUUAGUAUAGGCCAUAUUGAUUUUUUUUUUUUUUUUUAAAUACAAACCAGGAAAUGAUCUUAAAACAUUUUCCACCAUUUGGUUUUGUUUCCAGAUUUCAGGUUAAAUGCUAUGCAGAUGGUGUAUCAGCUUGAAGUACUGCUUGGACCUCCAUUUUUUUUUUUUUGGUGUUGGCUUUUGUUUGCUUAGUGUCUUUGAGAGAUGGGGAGUGUGUUCAUGUGUUAAUGUAGGCAGAAGGACCCUCUUGUAGGACCAAGAGGUCAUGUUCUUAUGUUCUUGGUGAGAAGAACUUUGAACCAGAAGGUCUAGUGCGGUUCUUGGUUCUGUUCUUUCAUUUUUGUUGACAACAACAGCACCUCUACACCUCCAGCUGGACUAAUCAGAAGUAGAAAGUACUAAAGAGCGUUCACCUCAUACCAGAGCGCCAUCUGACGCACCACCAGCAAGCUGUCAUCACAGUCAGAGGGUGUGAUUGAUGGUUCCUCUUCAAUAUUCUCUUCAUUCAGGACCCUCAGGCCCAGUUGAUGAUGGGCCAAUUCAUUCAGUUAGUUCAGUCGACCACAUUGUCACCUACAAAUCGCACUGUAAAAAUGAUUGUUGAAUGUUUGUUACCAUCUUUGUCCCUCUUGGCACAUUUUAGUAGCAGAUACUGGAAUGUGUCUUACUUUUUUCUCUUUAGUCAGCUGCAGCUGCCAUAUUUUGUCUGCUUGCUUUCAAUUAAAAAAACCCCACACAAAACAAUUCUGCACUUUUGUGUUUGAUCUAUAAUUUGAAUUCCUAACGGACUGUGGAAAAUUGACUAAAGUAAUGCAACCACCUAUUAAAAAAAUCAUUUGCAUUGAUUGUGCGUGACGUGACUAAACAGUGCUGACUGUUACGAGGCUUGACCCUGGCAGUCCCUCAUGGGAAUUCUUUUAUUAGACAAACAGUAAAAUGUUGCUCUUCUGGCUUUGUAAGAUGUGCUCCCUCAACUCCCCAUGACAAAACGUCUCAUACAAUGUAUAAAAUUUUUGCUUUUUGGCAGUUAUCCACAGUUGUUCAACGAAGUGAAUCAGCUGCCCGCUCAUGAGGGAAAAGCCCAGUGACAUCGAGUUACUCUGCAAAUAAUCAAGGUUAUGCAAGGUCAUCCAACAUGCUUGUUCAUAGGGGUUUAAAAUUAAAGCAUGUAUUGCGAUUAAUUAGUCAUUUUUAGUGUUAUUUUUUUAUCGCAUUAAUCAAAUUUUGAAUCUCUAAAUUUACUGUUUAUGUAUGUGAGUUGCCUAUUUCUAAAAUCAAUUUUAUUCAUUGGGUUUCUUGUGCUUGUCUUGUUUAGCACAAGAUGAUAGGCUCCCAUUGUAGUUGGGAGGGUGAGGUGAGGGCUUUUCUUAGCAAUUUUUAGGUGAGAUAAAAAAAAAAUUGAUUCAUUAGGAUCAAUGAUUGAUUUCGGAAACAUCCCUUCACACAAAGACUUCCCUCCCAGACCAACUUCUUUGCCCACUUUGAGGAUUUCUCCAUAAGAAAUCUAACCACUCACAUUACACCAGCAGAGAAUGAGCAACCACCACACAAGCCCUGUCCACGGGACGCGCCUGUUUUUUUUGGGGGGUUUUUUUUUGCAGGUUAAAAAAAAAUCGGCAUCAGAAAAUGGUCACAUCCACACUGGAACGUAUUCGUGGGUGAAUAUGAUGUAAUACAUAAGUAGUGUCGGGCAUUGAACAUCGAUGGGAACGAGGACUAACAUUCCGAUUCUCCCAGGAGCAUUCAUUUUUUAAAAUUUUGAUCGACCAACCCGCCGACCGGGAAAAUGGCCAGCAGAACACCAACGAAGAAGAAACGACAGGAAGGGUUUGUGUUCGUCCAUUUCAACCGUGAACUGUAUGCCGUGUGCCACGGCGCUCGAAAGUUUGGCGUAGUGGAACAUUUGCAACGCAAUCAUAUCAAAGGAGGGUGCACCACAUGAUUAAACACCUCCAGAUUCACGGUGUACAAAUUAUAGAGUGCCCUCUUUUGACGCCCUACGCUGGACUUCUUCCAAGCAGUCAGACAAACGACCUGACGUUAACGCUAGCUUUAGCCAGGAAGUUGACCAGACCCCACGUGAAGUGUUACUCCAGUCAACGUACUUGUUUGAUAUUCUGCACGCAGUUUUCAUUGUGGAUUUGGAGAACAAGCUUCGACUGAACCUGUUGCAAGAAAGCCUGGAGGGAGUUACACCAGCCAAAGGCAAUGCCAUUUUACUGACCCUUCACACAGCUCUGACCCCCUGGAAAACUUUGUUUAUGUCAGGAUGCUGUUUGCUGGCUUCAGCUCGGCCUUCAGCACCAUCAACCCUGACAAGCUGGUUGACAAACUCAUCACAGUAUGGACAGUGAUUGUACAGCAGCUCGGAGCACACCUCUGUCUGUGGAUCAGGGACUUCCUCACUAACAGACCACCCCUCCACCACCAUCAUCAUUAACACAGAAGUACCCCAAGGAUGUGUCCUCAGCCCACUCCUCUACGAGUUAGUCAUUUGCAAUGGUGCCAAAUCAAUGACCUGCAACUCAAUACAAAACAAAACCCAAAAAUGGUAAUUGGAUUCAUAAAGACAAAAAAAACCCACACCACAAACCAGAGGAGGUGAAAUGUGUCACCAACUUUAAGUUGCAUAGUGUACAAACGUCAGAGGGCCUUAGCCGAAGCCUGAACACCCAGCACCUUAUCAGAAAGGCCUUUUUUCUUCCCGAGGGCCCUGAAACGGAGCCACCUCCCCCAUGACCUCCUGCCAGACUUGUACCACCGCACAAUGUGAGCAUCCAGACGUACGGCUGUGCUGUCUGUUACUUCAGCUGCACUGCAGGACUGAAGGACCUGCAGCUGAUCAUUAAGACUGCUCAGUGGAUUGUCGGCCCCCCCUUCUUAUCUGAGAGACUCUACUCAAGCCCGCUUCAGAAACGGGCCACAAACAUUCUGACAUUCUGACUUCAUCUUCACCACUUUCCCAUUAUGCAGGACCAUACACAUAUGAACCAGCAGUUGAAGGACCCUAUUUGCAAUACGUGCAACGCUGCUCAAAAUGACUGCUGCACCUUAAAAUCCUUGCAAAAUUUGGCUAUAUUUUAUAUUUGCAUUUUUAUACUUGAUAAUAUUUUGAAUGCUGCUAGAAAUGGAAGUGGAGACUGACCCAGGUUUUGUUGUAUAUUGUGUGGAAUGACAAUAACGCAUGUUAUCUUAUGGAGAAGACAUCAUUUCUUGGCAUAAGGGCUUUUUGAUUCAUUUUAUUGUCAUAUUGUGUUCUUUAAAAAAGGUUUAUGUGGAGUAUGUGUUGAUGUUGUGACUAUAUAUAUUUGAGUUACUCAUUCUUAAGAUGAAAAAAUUUGGAAACCCUGACGUAAUUAAUAUAUUUUUUUUGUAUAAUUAAAACCUGACUGACAGCAA